AUGCAAACAUUAAUAAUAACUUUGGCUUUAUCUGUGAGUGGCGUCUUGGGCCAAGAAGGCUGGUCUAUAGUGGGUAAUCCACUAUUGCACGCUCAUCCCUGUACGAACGAAUCAAGCAUCGUUACUUCUUACGAACCCGGCCAACCACCAGGCGAAGAAAACCAAUACUAUGUACUGAUAUCAAAAAGCGUCCCAAAGUACACGCAAAUAAACCUAAAAUUCGACAUCGAAGCGGUUGUGAUGAUUGACAACUCAACACAGGCCAGAAUUACUACUACACAUGACGACGUUUUCAACUUGCGAUUCUUCGGUGCUGCCAACUCAGUCGGAUUUUUAGUAAAAGGGCCUGCCAAUGGAGCUGUGCCAUACUUUGAGAGCAUACAAAUAAAUAAUGUUGAAUACUGCAAAAAUCCCUUGAAGGGCUAUCUGGACUCUUACAUUUCGGGCUACAAGGUUACCGCUGAGACACAUUCAAAAGCACCGGAUGGCAAAUGCGGCCGUCGUAAAAUCAGCCACACAGAGCUAAUUGUCAAUGGAGCUGACACGAAGCCGGGUGACUGGCCCUGGCAUGCAGCUAUUUAUAGGACAGAUAGAGCGACGGCAAAAUACAUAUGCGGUGGGACCAUCCUAUCCAAACACUUCGUCCUGACAGCUGCUCACUGCACAACGCUCCGAGGCGAACCAAUUUUACCUGAGAUAUUGAACGUCGUCCUUGGAAAAUAUAAUCUAUAUGGAGGAGAUUUAGAAACGCAAGAGAAACAGGUCCACGAAGUACUCGUCCACGAGGGCUUCGUUCGUAAGCAACUGGACAACGAUAUAGCUCUGCUCAAAUUGAAAUCCGAAGUAACUUUUGGGGACUAUGUGCAACCUGCGUGCUUGUGGUAUCCAACGGCCGUUGAUAAAUUACCAAGUGACACAAUAAAAGGGACGGUGGUAGGAUGGGGGUUCGAUCAGAACAAUGCAUUAUCGACCGAGCUCAGACAAGCAACAAUGCCAGUAGAGUCUGAAGUGAGGUGUAUUAAGAAAAAUCCGCUGUUUUAUUCGAAGAUUUUGGACAGCAAAAAAUUCUGCGCAGGGCUGAAUAAUGGCACAUCGGCGUGCAACGGAGACAGCGGCGGCGGCUUCCACGUGUUCGUGCCGGACAGCUCUGGUGACGCUUCCGCCGAUGCCAGUGGCGCAUGGUACGUCUACGGCAUAGUCUCCCUGAGCGUAUCGAGACGCGACGUCGCGCUGUGCGACCCUACUCAGUACGUGGUGUUCACGAAAAUCGCCGAGUACAGGGGCUGGAUAUUGAAAUACGUCCAA